UAUAGCUUUCUAAGUUAUGAACAAAAACGGUGAACAGCUACCGCAUUUGAUUGACAAGGUUGGACAAUUAGCCGCUAGGUGGCAAUGAGCCGCUCAGUCGAUACACUUGAGUAAAAAUAGACUCAAGAGUACUAGACUCAGCUGGCAGAUUGAUGGUACUAGAGUCAAUAGACUAAAUCAUUGGUUCAUUAACGCCAAUUGCCUUUCACUUAACAGCUAGCAAACUUUUGUCUAUACGCAUCUUUUGUUUUGAUGAUAAAAUAGAAGUAAAUUCGUUAGUAAUUAGAGUAAUGAGUAAUGAUUACCAUUAACAACAAUUGUUAUCACCAAAUGCUGAUCCCGUGACCUCGGCUAACGUGAAUAGAGCUAAUGCGCAAAAAACAUUUCGUAGAAAAACCCAAAGCGAUAAGCGUAUCGCGCAAUAUUGAGCACGUAAUUGUUACUAACUGGGUUAAACAUGUUUGUGAUGCAGCUUCUUGUUGCACUGGCCCCCUAUAUAAAAGAGGGUGCCCUUACGGUCGAGACAUUUCGGCUUAUACGCUUGAGGAAAAUGAUGGGAAAUAACCAGAGGCAAUUUAUUGUAGUGGAAUUUCUGGUGUUACCUUAUGAAGGUAUUGACAAGUUUGUUGUUGUACCAGACCUGUGGCUUAUAGUACGUAGGCCGGUAAACCAGAGCGCUUUUGUAUCAUAUCCUGAUAAUGAAGGUCAUGAAGUUGUUAGAGAUCGUGUUAAGAGACGAGAAGAAUAUAAUGACCAGUGGAGGUUUUAUAAAGCAAAAAUUAGACAUGUUUCUGAGACAUACGAAGGUACAGAAAAUUGGAUUGCAAUAAAUAAUUGUACAGACAAAGAAGAAGUUACUACAAGAAGAAAUUACCAAUUUAGAGCUAAAAGAAGACUAAGGUUAAAUCCUUAUAACUUUCAAGCGCCAUCUACUGACCACCUGUACUACCAAAGAGAGGAAACCAAUGACCUAAUUUCUAAAUUCCAAGAUAUGGCAGUAACUUGCUUAGAAUAUCGAAAAACUACGACGUAAUACUGAAAGAUGGCGCCACUGCGUUACUGAUCCUACCCCGAUAUGACAAGUAAUUAGUUUAUUUUAUAGCCGUCCAUAAAAACCCGGCGUUAUAAUUUUAGGUUAAGUUGUGAAUGAACAAGUUUUACUGUAAUGCACACUAAUAUACAAAUGAUUAG